CACAUUUGUUUUUUUUGUUUCUUUAAGUUCAAGAGAGACUACUACAAAGUUAUAGUGAUGAUGAUGAAGCAAGUGAUAGUUGGAGUAAUUUUGGUUGCCUUUUUAAUGGUUUUUUUGGACUCCACACAAGUAGGAGCGACGAGGCUGUUACGAACCACCUUCCAUAGUGAUAUCCGGUUCGUGUUUGAGUCGUUACAGAAGGGUGCUGUCCCUGGGUCUGGUCCUAACGGAUGCUCUAACAUACCCAAAGGUAGUCCAGGCUCGUGCCAUGGAUGAUCCCUCUCCCUCACGUGAAGCUUUUUCCCAAUACCCAAAUUUGGUCUAUGGGUGGAGUUGGACUAUUUAUUUAUUUAUUUUUCUUGUACACGAGAAAUAAUACUUUAACUUUUCUUUUAGCAACAGAGCUAUGAAAGCAAAUACAUUUUUUUUUUUUU